GUCUGUUUCUCUUUCUCCACAGGUUCUUCUUGAAAUUUUUCCUCAAAUGUAACCAAAAUUGCCUAAAAAAUGCAGGAAACCCUCGAGACAUGCGCCGAUUCCAGGUCGUGGUGUCUACAACAGUCAACGUUGAUGGCCAUGUGUUGGCAGUGUCGGACAAYAUGUUUGUGCACAACAAUUCCAAGCAUGGGCGGAGAGCUCGAAGACUCGAUCCCUCGGAAGCUACACCAUGUAUCAAAGCCAUCAGUCCAAGUGAAGGAUGGACUACAGGAGGUGCCACUGUCAUCAUCAUAGGAGACAAUUUCUUUGAUGGGUUACAGGUCAUAUUCGGCACCAUGCUGGUUUGGAGUGAGCUGAUUACUCCACAUGCCAUCCGUGUACAGACGCCUCCCCGACACAUCCCRGGGGUUGUAGAAGUCACAUUGUCCUACAAGUCAAAGCAGUUUUGCAAGGGAACGCCUGGAAGAUUCAUUUACACAGCUCUGAACGAACCCACCAUUGACUACGGUUUCCAAAGGUUACAGAAGGUUAUCCCCCGGCACCCUGGUGACCCCGAACGCUUGCCAAAGGAAGUAAUACUUAAGAGGGCUGCUGAUUUAGUAGAAGCACUCUAUGGUAUGCCACAUAAUAACCAGGAAAUAAUCCUGAAAAGAGCUGCAGACAUUGCCGAAGCGCUCUACAGUGUCCCCCGCAACCACAACCAGCUCCCCGCCCUCGCUAACACCUCCGUCCACGCGGGAAUGAUGGGAGUGAACUCCUUUAGUGGCCAGCUGGCUGUCAAUGUCUCCGAAGCCUCCCAAGCCACCAACCAGGGUUUCACUCGCAACUCCAGCAGUGUGUCACCUCAUGGCUACGUGCCAAGCACCACCCCGCAGCAGACAAACUACAACUCUGUCACAACAAGCAUGAAUGGCUAUGGCAAUGCUGGAAUGUCAAAUUUAGGCGGUUCUCCAACCUUUCUGAAUGGAUCUGCUGCCAAUUCUCCCUAUGCCAUUGUGCCAUCGAGUCCGACAAUGGCCUCCUCCACUAGCCUCCCCUCCAACUGUAGCAGUUCCUCCGGGAUUUUCUCCUUCUCACCAGCCAACAUGGUCUCAGCGGUGAAGCAGAAGAGUGCGUUUGCGCCUGUCGUGAGACCCCAAACGUCCCCCCCUCCCACCUGCACCAGCACCAAUGGCAAUAGCCUGCAAGCUAUAUCUGGCAUGAUUGUUCCCCCCAUGUGAAAGAAUUGCCUUGAAGAAUUUUAUUAAUGAAGAGGUUGAAUUCUGCUUCAGAGAGAAUCUGAUACAAGUCCCAGAGUGGAACUUUUUACUCAGGCCUUUUUAAAAAUAAAAAAGAAAUAAAGAGGGAUCUUACAAUAACUGCAGAUUUUUAAACAAAAAAAAAAUCACCAUCCUUGCAAAUACUGAAAUUAACAAUCCACAAUUGCGAGGUGUUGAUUCAAGUUGUCCAUCCCAAGUACCUGGGAGAUAUAUUUAUUGUAUGUUGAUAAAAAAAAUCCACUUUUUUUUUUUUGUUUUUUUUGGGGGAGGGUGGGGGCUUGCUUUUAUUUCCUUCUGUUUUUUUGUGGUUUUUUUAAAGGCUUGAUUUAACUCAACACCAUUUGUCUUUUAUAAAUCAUACAAUGACACAAGGGACACUAGAGAUGGAACUCCACAUUUUUAAUUUAUGAWU